AUGCAAAUCAAAUACUUCCUUCUCGUCCUAAUGGUCGUGUACAGCCAGAAGAUUGCUUCAUCCCACAUAUUGACAUCAGCGUAUCUCGAUAUGUCUCUACCGGCGUGCAAGAGAUUGCUAACAUUUGCUGUGAUGAACGAUUUGUGCCCUACAUAUGGAGAUUAUUCUUCCGACUAUAUGCCACCUAUGGCGCUAGAACUACAAGAGGAAUACAAAGAAAAUAUCAUAAAGAAAUGUUGUACAAAUCCUUGCACUCUGACUGAAUUAAUUGCAAUCUGUUAA